AGCAGGGGGUGGAUCUGUGCGAGCGGAAGGGGCGUGGAGAUGGCGGCGGGACGCUCCGGGGGCUGAGCGGCGCCCGGGAGCCGGCACUUCCCGGGGGUGCUUGCUGGUCCCCAGGCCCGUCCUGGCCAGGUGCCCGCCGGGCCCAAGGUGCUGCCUCGUGGCCCGCGGCCUCUGCUGCCCGCCCGGACGGAAGCCCCGCCAUGGCCCAGCAGAGAGCCCUGCCGCAGAGCAAGGAGACGCUGCUGCAGUCCUACAACAAGCGGCUGAAGGACGACAUCAAGUCCAUGAUGGACAACUUCACCGAGAUCAUCAAGACCGCCAAGAUUGAGGAUGAGACCCAGGUGUCCAGGGCCACCCAAGGCGAGCAGGACAAUUACGAGAUGCACGUGCGAGCCUCCAACAUCGUCCGAGCCGGUGAGUCCCUGAUGAAGCUGGUGUCCGACCUCAAGCAGUUCCUGAUCCUGAACGACUUCCCGUCGGUGAACGAGGCCAUCGACCAGCGCAACCAGCAGCUCCGGGCGCUGCAGGAGGAGUGCGACCGCAAGCUCACCGCCCUGCGGGACGAGGUCUCCAUCGACCUCUACGAGCUGGAGGAGGAGUACUACUCGUCCAGCUCCAGUCUCCGCGAAGCUAACGAUCUGCCUCUGUGCGAAGCGUACUGGAGGCUGGACCUCGACACAGACGCUGCCGAUGGCCUCGCGGCCCCCCUGCGGGCCUCCCCAGAGCCCAGCGCUGGCCCCCUGCAGCCCGCCGCCCCUGCCCACUCCCACGCUAGCGGGCCUGGCCCCACAGAGCGUGCCUGAGCCUCCGCUGUCUCCACCAGCCCCGGGAUCUUAGCAACAAAAUCUGGCGCCCCGCUCGGCCUUGGCUGCUGCUGGGGAGCGGCUGUGGCCUCCUUGGGAACCCCAAAGGGACAGCCCCCCCAGGAGUGUGGAGGGAGAGUAGAUCCCCCCAUUUCCAGAGUGGCCCACUCUUCCUCCAGGCACCUCUGUUCACUACCUUCCGGGCUGCUGCUGGGACCUGAGCCUGCUGUUUAACGUGGGGAGGGGCGCUGGGUGGACAGUCCUGGUGCACACCGGGCCCCUGUGCAGCCACCGUGCCGCCUCGCCCGGGGCCCCUGCAGAGCUGGGGCUGGGGGGGUUCACACGGGAGCCGGCGCGGGCUCCUUCCUGGCUCUGCGGUACACAUCCUGGUUCAUUGUGUGCGAGACGGUUGAAUAAAGACAGCACUGCCCUUCGG